UGGCGAAUCGUGUCAGUACUGGUGUCGUGGAUCACACCAAAGUGUUUCUACAAUAACGCAGUGACCAUAUUUGAAAAAUUUUGUUAUUUCAAUUAUUAUUCGAAUACAAUAAAAUUAUACUAAGGGCUUAGGAACUAUCGACAACCAUAGAAUUUUGACGUGCAACGCAUCAUACGAAGUUAUUCGUAGUCGGUCGAUACGUUCUACAUACCCCUAUACCUACCUAGUUUACGUUUAAACGCGUAACAUUUAAAUCGAAAUGUUUGUUUAAAUAGAAUAGGUAGACAGUAUAGUCGAGAUUCGUUUAGCAUAAUAUAAUUGGUUUAAGUUAUAAUAAUAUUUUACUGAAAACAUGUCGAAAACCAUAGCGGUGAUGACAUUAAUUGUGUACACUGUACUGUAUAGUCAAAAAAACGCUUUCUACGCGGAUGCCGCUCCAUCAAUCACACGCGACGAUUUAACUGCUGAGACGGAAGACCCGCGGAAAGCGAACCCGAGUGUGGGCCAAAUCGAAACGCCACUGAUCGAUAGCGGUGAUGUCAGUACGCAUUCCACCUCAACCACGGAAGGCGACAUGCUGUCCAAAGGUGCACUUUCCGGUCUCGUGCCCGGAGGUGGUGGCAGUGGCGAAGCAACUUCGGCCCCGGCCACCAACACGCCUGCCGCCAGUUUGGGGGGGUCGACACUACCAUUCGGAGGCCUGCCGACCGGCAUUCCCGGGGCUGGUGGGCUGCCUUCAUCGUACCUGCAGGGAGGAGACAGUGGUGGCCAGAGCCCUACACUAAUUUUAGGUGGGUUUUCCAUCGUCGUUGUGCCCUUGCGCGGUAUGAACAUGGCCAACAUGGCAUCGAUGCUGUCCGCCGGACAGCAGCUGGGUCAAAUGGUGCCCAAACCAGGUGUCGGUUAGACAGUACGACCAGCAUAUCGAUCAUAUUAUUAAAUAGAUCACACACAAUUCGCUCGGGGCAUUCAUCACAUUAUAUAUACUUACGAGUUACGAUAUGAUAUAAAAAAUAAAUAAAUAAGAGUAAAAUCGAUCUUGUAUUUUUUAACUAUGACAAUAAUUAUUAUUAUUAUUAUCUAUAUUGGGGCUAUGGAUUUUAACACGAUUUCAACCUUAACAACUCAGAAUAUUAUAAGUAUAAAAAAAAAUGUGUUUUUAUAUUAUUUUUUAUAUUUUUUUAUUAUUUUAUAUUCAUACUUACGUGGAACCUUGUUUUAAAUUUUCAAACUUAGCUAUAAAAAUUGAACAUUUUAUACAUUUGUUUAUAUUUUAAAUCUGUAUAAUAGAAGUGGGCCUCAAAGUUUUAUUACGAUUUCAACUGCAUAUUAUAAGGCGUAUUUUGACACUUUUUAGAGCAUAAAAA